CCACUCUCUCCAUCCCACAGAUGCUCUGGGCCCCGGCCCCGGCCCCUGCGCCAGCUAUGGCUCCUGGGGCCCCCUGGUCCAGCCCCAGCCCUGUCCUGGCUGCACUGCUCUUCUCUUCUUUGGUGCUGUCCCCAGCCCAGGCUAUUGUGGUUUACACGGACAGGGAGGUCCAUGGUGCUGUGGGAUCCCAGGUGACCCUGCAUUGCUCCUUCUGGUCCAGUGAAUGGGUCUCAGAUGACAUCUCUUUCACCUGGCGCUACCAGCCCGAAGGGGGCCGAGAUGCCAUUUCGAUCUUCCACUAUGCCAAAGGACAGCCCUACAUCGACGAGGUGGGGGCCUUCAAAGAACGCAUCCAGUGGGUAGGGGACCCUCGCUGGAAGGAUGGCUCCAUUGUCAUUCACAACCUAGACUACAGUGACAACGGCACUUUCACUUGUGAUGUCAAAAACCCGCCAGACAUAGUGGGCAAGACCUCUCAGGUCACGCUCUAUGUCUUUGAAAAAGUGCCGACUAGGUACGGAGUGGUGCUGGGAGCCGUGAUCGGGGGCGUCCUCGGGGUCGUGCUGUUGCUACUGCUGCUUUUCUACCUGAUUCGGUACUGCUGGCUGCGCAGGCAGGCGGCUCUGCAGAGGAGGCUCAGCGCCAUGGAGAAGGGGAAGUUGCACAAGGCUGCAAAGGACUCUUCGAAGCGUGGGCGGCAGACGCCCGUGCUGUAUGCCAUGCUGGACCACAGCAGAAGCACCAAAGCUGCCAGCGAGAAGAAGUCCAAAGGGCUGGGGGAGUCUCGCAAGGAUAAGAAAUAGCGGUUAGCGGGCCGGGCGGGGGCUCGGGGGUUAGGGGCGGAGCCCUCCAAAGGCGCUCGGGUGGUGGUCAUCGAGAUGGAGCUACGGAAGGAUGAGCAGAGCUCGGAGCUCCGGCCUGCUGUCAAGUCCCCCAGCAAAACCAGCCUCAAGAACGCCCUCAAGAACAUGAUGGGCCUGGACUCGGACAAGUGAUCACCGCCCCCCAGGCCCUGCCAGAGCAGGGGGACCUAGGCUCCUCUCAUCCCCCGUCUAGGUGCUUUCCUCCCUUGCUCCCCAGCCCCUGCCCUGCCCUCACUUCCUCUGAGAUGUAAGUUUCAUUCCAAAAUUCAUUCCCAAGCACUUGUAUUCUCCCCCAUUUUCACAUCCUGGGUUUCUGGGAACCCAAGGCUAAUCCUACCGCUCACCUGCCCCAAGGGCUGUGUGUUUGGUGCCUGCCCCUCUGGCACCAAGAAGAAAGGGACCUUGACAGCCGCAGUCUCAACUUCAGGCCACCUGGCCUUCCCAUCCCCUGCACCCCAGCUGGACCCCUCUGGCUCCUGACCUUCCUGCCCUUCCUCCCCUCUAUCAGGUGGCCCGGCUCCACGUUCAGUGUUCCCACUAACACCCAGGUCACACAGAUCAUACUCUCCUUCAGGGUUUAUUUAGGUUAUUGAUUAUUUUUUAUUUUUUAAUCCAUUCUUCGUUUGUUUGUUUACCUAUGCCCAUGCUCUGCCCUUGCUCUGCCCUGACCCCCAUGACUGAGGACCAAUGACGUCAUGUGGCUUUUUGCAGUCCCCCACCCCAUGAAGUCCUUCAUGGAGAUCCAACCCAAGCUGAGGGGCCCCAAAUCCUCAGCCCUCAGCUGCAAGGUGGAUGCCCCACCCACUCACCACUUGGGAGUGCAGUUCUGAGACUCAAGAUCCUGAGAAAAGAGAGAGAGAGAGAGAGAAACAAUGGAUCCUCAGAGGUCCAGGUUGAAGCAGAGGGCAAAUGAGCCUCAAAAGUGGCUUUAAACAAUCAAACAGAAAGCAGGAAAAACAAAUGGGAAAUCAGGGGCAGAGGAAGAGGCUGUACUCCCAGCCACAGGGAAUUCUUGGGAAUUUUUCUACAUUCUGUAUAUUUCUUCUCAAACCCGCAAAUGUCCUUAAAUGUUUAAUAAACACUGACCUUUCCAGAA